AUGUCUGAACAGCCAAGCUAUCCGCGCUCCAGCCUCCUAGUCCUAGCCUUCAACUCGGUACAAGCAUUACUUCCGACAACACUAAUCGACAAAGCCGAAGCCUAUCUCGACGUACACCGGAUAGACGAUGCAGUGGCCCUCGCGGACGAGCAGCGCAAGAAGCUUCAAGCCCAACUUACAGUCGACUCCGGAGAAGCCGACGCGCUACGAUAUGUACAUCUACGAAUAGGAUUCAAAUGCCUGCUGGAAACUCGCUUUGAGGAUGCCGGAUACCACUUGUUCGAAGGAGGAUUAGACCCACGCCUGCUCAUCUCGUAUUAUCCGGACUUGCGCGGCUCACUACUUUCCGAAGAGGACGACGUGGAGUUAUUCGAAGGAGUGGCGGAUAAUGUUGUACCAUUUGAUUCGGUCGACGAUAUCAUUUCCGCCGACCUAGUCAGGAAUUACUCUCCGUUCCUGGCACCAAAUACGCGUUCGGCUCCGCCUACCGCCGAACUACGCCGGAUACUCACCACCGCGGCGUAUGAAAUGCUGGAGAGCUUUCUGCGGAAGUGGAGGAGAGUACGAGGAGACGGAAGUGUCCAUGAGACACGAGUGAUCGUGGACACCGUACUGGCCAAGAUCUUCGCGCUCAACGAGAAGACUACGGACCUGUAUGCACUAUUGGGCGAACAACCCGACUUGAUACUGCCAGAGCUAGAAUCGGUCUUUAUAUCGUCGGGGCAGUAUAAUGCACUUUGCAGCAUGUACCAAGCCCGUGGACUAGAUGAGAAGCUACUGAAUGCCUGGGCAAGAAUUGCGGAGGGUGAAUGGACGGACCCGGAAAUUCCUGACCCGUUGUCGAAUAUGUUAACGUUGUUGACGGUGCGGCGAAAUCGGGCGCUCACGCAGCAAUGGGGAGUGUGGUUGGCAGCCAAAGAUCCCGAACGCGCUCUGAAGCUCUUGACAUCUCAAGGCGCCAACCGCGGUCGGAAAGCGUCUGUCGAUGCCGACCUGGCCACCCUCGCGCAGAUACGCGCCGCGAACCCACGAGCAGCCGUCCAGUUCCUCGAACACCUGGUGCUCCAGAAACGCUCCUCCGAUCCCAACCUUCACACCGAAUUGGCGCAGUCAUGCAUAUCUCAAGUCUUGGAUGCCCUCUCUGACGAACCUACCGCAAAGCUGUGGCGCGCCAAAGCAGCUUCGUAUGCUUCCCACGCGCAGAGCAAUACCCCCUUCCUGGCGUACUUUGCCUCCACCACACCGGACUCGCCCACGAAACGCGCACGAUUGCGCGCUGCGCUCUUCCUACAGAGCUCGUCAUUCUACGAUGCACUAGCAAUACGCGAACGGUUACUUCCUCACGCACAAGCACUGCCGCUCGAGAUGUCAAUCGUAGAAGGGAAACUCGGCAUGGACCACGAAGCGCUCACGCGCCUCGCACAUACCCUUCGUGAUAGCUCGUCGGCGGAAGCAUACUGCACAGCUGGCCGCCGUUCGUUGCCACCAAAGAUCGCGAGGAUGUUGGCGGAACGCGAGUCGCUUGCCGCAUGGACACUCGGUACAGCCGAUGCUGUUCCGGCAGACUACGGGCGGGACGCACCGAAACUGCUGAGGAUGUUGUUAGAUGUCUACAUCGAGAGUGGGAAGGAGGAUGCGGCGGCGGCGCUGAUGAACUCGCAAGCGGCGACGUUCGAUGUUUCGGAUGUGCUGUCGCGUGUUCCGGAUGCUUGGCCUUUACCAUCGGUUGCAACGUUCUUCUCUCGGGCGCUUAGGCGCUCGUUGCAUGAGAAGCAUGAGGCGCUUAUCGUGAAGGGUAUAGCGAUGGGCCAGAAUCUUGCUAUCGCAGACGAGACGCAUUUGAUCCUGAGGGAACAAGGGUACCUCGUGGAAGAAGCAAUUGACGAUGAUGAUGGUGACAACGAGAAGGCGCUUCCACCGCCUCCGGAUACGGAAGAGGUCCUGGAUGAGAAGGCUGGAAUUGACAUCCCGCGUAGCAACGGGUACGGACAGGGUACCAUGGCGGCAGCCUCAUGGGAUUCGGCCGCGACACCUCCAGACUCUGGUGAUCACGACUUCAGGUAG